AUGACUACACUCACUGAAUUACCAUUGGAGCUCAUUCUUCAUAUCACAAGCUUCUUGGAAACAGAUCUUCAAGAUUUCAAGAACUUUCUCCUUUCCAGUGUGAAGAUUCAAAACUUAUUGAAAGAUUCAUAUUGCAUAGUGACAAAUGAUAUCAACUACAAGACAUCUUUCAAAGAUCUAGGAUUCACUAAGGAGAGUCCAUUCUAUGUUUCGAAUCUACUUGUAUCGAAUGAUUGGAUAUAUACCAAAGCUGGAAGAGAUCUAUCCAUUGAUGACUAUGAAGAUGCAGUUUAUAAGGACGAUUCAUUUUUGAAAAACUUUAGAGGUACAAUAUUUCUUGAUUUCCAUUCUAAUGAAGAAAUUAAUAUGUUGAGUGAUUCAAUAAAGAAGCUUGUUGACUUAGUUAGAGAUAUCCCUCCUGAGAGAGUCACUUUCAGAUAUUCAUGGUAUGAAGAUCCUAAUGUGUUACUUCAAGAUCAAAAACCAGAUGUAUCAACAAGUGAAUUUGCUGAUAGAGUAUUGAUCAAUGUUACACAUUCAUCUUUAGAUAAUUAUUUGCAAACAAUGGUUGAGGAGUGUGAUUUGAGAUUGAAAUUUAAUAAUCAUUAUGAAGCUCCUGAAUAUUUGAAAACUGGUCCUAUUUGCUCUUUUUUUGACUUACUUUAUACCUCCAAAAAAAGAAAGCGAAGUUAUACUGAGCUUCCAUGA